AUGUCUUCAGCCGAACUUAACAUUUUGGUGAACCAGUUUGUGGCUGCCGUGGUCAGUGACGAAGACUCCACUGUUUCUGCGCAAAAGAUUGCCAGUAUAAUUGCAGCAGACGAUGCCUCAUUACUCCAGUUGAUUCAGACUUUGGGUCCAAAGUUGACCUCUGAUGAUAGUUCCACGAGAGCUCAAGCUGUUCAGUGCUUGGCCACCACGUUGGCACAGGAAACACUUUCUACCAAACUCUCCAAACAAGACGUGGGUGUUCUCUUGCAGUUUCUCGUGACAAAAUUCGAGGAUGAGAAACUCUCCAUCUAUGUUCUUCAAGCUCUUGGCCUGUUGGUGCAAUACAAGAAUUUCUUACCUGCGGUGAACAACAACUUGGAAAACUUGCUUUCGGCUGUUUCUACCAAGUAUGAGCCAAGAAAGCAUUUGGCGAAGGUCAGAUACGAAGCGUUUGUGCUUUUGGAGUCUCUUUUUUCCAACCACUCGGCAGUCAUAGCCACAAAUCCCAAAUAUGCUGAAGAUUUCGUGUCUGCUUUCAUACACAUAGCUGGCGGCGAGAAAGACCCCAGAAACUUGCUCAUUUCUUUCAAGCUAAACACUAGCAUUAAUCAGACCGUCCAAUUCGAAGACAGAACAACCAAUUCUACCCAUGACCGCCUUUUGUCAGAACUUUUCGACGUCAGCUUCUGCUAUUUCCCAAUCUCUUUCACCCCUCCUCCAAACGAUCCGUAUAAAAUUACCGCCCCACAGUUGAAGACGGAAUUGAGAGAUACAAUUGCAUCACAAAGCCAGUAUGCUCAAGACACAUUCCCCUCGCUUUUCGAGAAACUCACUUCAACCAACCCGGCCGUGAGGAACGAUGUUUUGCUCACAAUCUACCAAUGUGUCUUGCAAUAUUCUCAGUCAACUGUUGAGCAGUAUUGGGUAAGUAUCUGGGACGCAUUAAAGUUCGAGAUCCUCCACAAUGACGUUCUGAUUUUUAAGCCAGAGGCAGAAUACAUAAUUCCCCCUGCUGCUGAAACUCUCGAAGAUACUGACGAUAACAAGACUCUCAUCUAUACUUUGAAGACAAUUUGUGCUAUUGCUGAAAAGCUAGCCGAUUCAGACACACAGGACUCGUUCAUGGAAACUGUAACCUCCAACUUAGAGAAGAACUUCAAAUCGCUCAACGAGAAGACUUUGAAGCAGUCUGUAUUGAUUUUGAGUGCUAUUGGCUCAACAUCUGUUAAGCUUUACAAUGCGGUUGUGGAGUUUGUAUUCUCCUUUGAAAUUUGGGGUAAGUACAUAAGAAGUGAUUACCAAGAGCCUCAAGAUGAAGAGGAAGUGGACGUUGCAUUAACUAUUGCUCGUCAAAGAGAACUUAUUGACAACUUGGGAUUUAUUUUCACCGCCGCCAGAAUCCUUAACCAAGCAACGAACUUGGAGAACUACAAAGACCACUUAUUGAUCUUCAUGGGCCAGUUGCUCCAGACGUCUUCCAAGUUGGAGAAAACUUUGAAGUGCAAGAUUAUUCAACAGCUCGUGAAAUUGAUUGGACUCCAUGAGUUUCUAUCAAGAGAGGAAGUAAAACUCAUCCUAGGAUGGUUGAACGACACUUUGGUCGGAAUCGUUGAAAGUGAGACAACAAAUUGGGAAUCUGACAUUCUUUUGUUGGAAAUAGUUAAUGGAUUUGUUCGUGUGAUGUCUGAGGGACCCGACGAUGCAGUCUAUCUCAACGUUUCUUCCAUUAUUGAGAUUGUUUUGCCUGAGCUACUCAAUCACAUCUCUGAUCCCGGAGUUUUGAAGCUCGUGAAUAAACUCUGUGUCAAUUAUCAGUUCUUGGAGGUAUUGUCAAUUAGAUUGUUGAACAAAUUGGCUUAUGAUGAUUAUGACGCUUACUCUUACGCCGCAAUGGUUCAAUGUUUGAUUGAUUCGUUCACCCAAACACAAAGUGUGAAACCAUUUCUCACUAAUUCUUGGUACAAGAAGUUCAUUCCUAGAUUCUUAUCAGUCACAAUCACAAAAUGCAAUGACGACUUGAUGGUUUAUGACCUAAGCGGUCAGCUUUUUGGUCUCGUGGUGAGAUAUAUGGAGAAAGCCAAGCACCAAGAGAUUUUGGAUGAAAUGAUCCCUGUCUUCAUUGAGAGUAAGAAAUACGAAGGGAUUGUCUUGGAAGAUGUUUUAUCUAAACCAUCCCCAAAAGUCACUCUCCUCAAGUACUUCCUUGCCAAGAUUGACAAGAACACUCAAUUGCCCGGUGAAUCAGACUAUUAUAUCCAAAAAACUAUUGGUGUUUUCAGGAAAAUGCAUGAUCAAUUUUUGAGUCUCGAGUACUUGCAAGUGUUGUCGUUGCUCGUGAACAAAUUUAUUCCUCAGAAUGGUGAAUUGAUUGAUAAGUUGCUUGAGAAGACAUACGAGACCAUUGAACAGAAUGUUGAGGACCUAGAAGUAUUUGUAUGGAUCGUUAAGGCCUUAAUCGUCCGUAUCGAUAGCGUGGGCUCAAAGUACUUGGAUUUGAUUGUGAAAGAUUUGACCCAAUCAUCUAAUAUUUCCUUUUCAAUGGCACUCUCGCAGUCAUUCAAUGUCUUGAUGGCAGACUUGGACAUCUAUGUGAACAAAGAAAACAGCAAGCCUAAAAUCAUCUCAGGUGUGGUGAACACAAAUGUCAGAUUGUUAUACAAACAGCAAAUCUUUGAGAAAGUCUUGAAAUCAUUGAUUGAAAGCUUCAAGAAUGUCAAGGAUAACACAAAGAGAGGAGUUCUUUUAAGCACGUUGGCCAUCAUUAUUAACAAUGUAUCCACCAAGAUUUUGAGGUCGCACUUGGAAGCAGUGUUUCCUUUGGUCUUGAACGGGUUGACUUUUGAGGAUUCAUCUAUUUUGGAAGCAUCUUUGCAGACAUUCAAGGUAAUUAUCUUCGAGUCACCACAGCUUAUUCUGGAAAACUUGGGAAGCCUCAUUGAAAAACUUACUGAGUUGAGUAUCAGCAAGAUUGUCGUCAACAAACAUUUGGUGAACAACGAGCAAAUCAGAUUGUUGAGUUUAGAGUGCUUGAUGGGGCUCUUCCAAAAAUUGGAGUUGGCCGAGGUAUUGAAGUACCAGAUUCCUAUUCGAAACCGCCUCACAGUUGGGCUCGACGACAAAAAGAGAAGCGUGCGUAAGAAGACCAGCGAUGUACGCCAAAUGCUCUACGAGUUGGAUAGAUAA